ACACGACGACUCUUUAAAAAGCUUUACAAAAUCAGAAUCAAUUGAGGGGAGGUGAUAGACACUCUAUGGAGGCUGUGGACAUGUUAGAGGCCAUGAGGGUCCUCGAUUCUUCACUUUCUCGAAUCAACUGGCGUCUCAGAGCUUCGUCAAGGCGUCGUCUUGAGACAGAUAUUCUGGCAUUAUGCACGGGGAUGAGACCAGUAAUAAUGAUAGAUUAUGGUGGAAAGAUGCCUGAACUAAGAGAACGACUAUGUGCAUUUCUCAAGCUUACACAAGAGGAAUCUUCUAUCUUUGAGAAUUUACGGGUCAUGGUUAUUGAAGAUAUGAUAUAUUUGAUACAUAUUAGAGGGCUUGCAGAUCUUAUCAAGUUAACAAUAAAUAAAGAACAGGAAGUGCAUUUUAUUGACCUUGAACGAGAUCCACCGAAGAUUAUAACAGAGAUCGAAAGGUGUUCCAUAGGAGCACAAUUUGUAUCGCUACAGAAGCUGUUUUCUUCAGUUUUUUGUGCCAAUGAUGAUGUUUUGGGAUGUGGGAGAGGCUCAACAAGUAAUGCUGAAUCCUCUGAUUGUCAGCUUCCUGUUUCUCCUCAGCCUUCUGACUUCAUCGACCUCAGUCAUUUUAUGCAAGACACACUUGUCACUGUACCAACUCUAAAUGGGUGGCUUCUUGGUUACCCGGUGGUGUACAUUUUUGGCAAGGACCAUAUAGAAGAUGCUGUAUAUAAUCUCUCCACAAAGUCGCUACAUCUUUUCAACAUUUUUGUCUGCAGGAACAGUAGCUCCGGUAAAAGACCACAAGAAGAAUUAAUGAGUUUCUCGGUACCUUAUGAUCUGAGCAUAGACGGGGAGGACGAACCAUGGGCCGAGGCAUUUCUGGUUCGGGUGAAGGCCAAAUGGGAAGGAUGCAAGCAUGUUUGGGGGUCCUUGAAGAUGGAGGUUAGUUCUACUUAUCCACAAGCAAUUGCAUUGUAACCAUUGUUAAACUGUCUUUGUUAUUUUCAAAUUCAAAGCAACAUUUCAGUUGCUGUGGUUUUAUCCCUGUAUGUAUGGUUGUCUAAAGGGUAAAAUAGUCAUUUUCUAUACCUGAAAAUAAUGGGAAAGAUAUGACUCACAUAUAGUAGGUGGAGUAAAUGGUGGCUGAAGCUUUUAGGGACAACCACUGUUAUCCUACAUUUGUUUGCCUGCAGAGAUUUUGUAUAUUUAUGUGAA